AUGAUUACCCCAUUUUUCACAAUAUCACAGGAUGAUGAAUUUAUUUAUAUUGAUGUGAAAAUAUCACACAUUAGGUUCAGUGCACCAAAUAUUGAAAUGACGGUGGAAAAUGAAUUGUUCGUAUUUUCCUUACCUCCAUACUAUUUACGUUUGAGGUUCCCAUAUCCUUGUAUUGAAGAUGAUAGAUCACACGCAGAAUAUGAUUCUAAAACUGAAUGUGUAAAAAUAAAAAUUCCAAAGGAAACUAAAGGGCAAUUCUUUCCUGACCUAGACUUGACAGCAAAAUUGUUAGCCAGAACCAAUGAGUCAAAAGUGGGUAAUAUUGGACAAGUUAAUUCAUCAAAGCCAAUGAUUGAGGAAUUAGAUGUUGACAACACAAACCCAAGCACCCAAGCAGAAAGGGAUUUAGCAGAAGGUGAACAAUUUAAUUGGGAGGUAAAGCAAGAUGUUCCAACCAACCCUGAAUUAGCACUUUCAACCGAAGAUUCUGAUGUUAAUUUGAAGCCGAUAAAGUAUGGAUUUAAUAACCAAUAUAACGAUAUUGUUGGUGUAUCAGUUGCCAACGGCAAUGAUAUCAACGAAUUAGCUGACCCAGAAAAUACACCAGAAAGUGCACGUAUAAUUGAAAGGUUAAUCAAGGAGAACAUAAAAUUCGAUCCUGAAAUGUAUGCUGCUGAUUACAUAAUGAAAGUCCAUCCAGAACAGGAUGAUGAAAAUAAGAAUUUUAAGGAAUUAAUUGAUUGGAAAAAUCCAUUAAUUCACAAAUUUCUUAAAUGGUAUAAAUCAGAUAAACAAUUACCCGAGGCUGAAAGAGCAUCAAUUAUGCCUGUCGAAUUUUCAAAAGAAGAGCAAGAGAGAAUGAUGAAUUUACCAAGGAAAUCAUAUUUGAUAGAUGAUAGUUAUAAGCCAGAGGUUUUGCUUACCAUAAUUUGUUUAUUGUUUGCUUAUCAUUUUGAUCUAAGGGAAAAUGAAGGUGAUCAUAAUAUUGAAAGUGCUUGGACAAUUGGUAAAAUAGUUCCUCAAUUUUCAUUUCUUGACUCCAAAAUUGUAGUUGAAAACAACUAUAAUGUUUUAAGAGCAGCCCUAAUAACAUGCACAAGACGUGCAUUAACUUAUCCCUACCACAGAAAUUAUGACUUGAUUACUAAAGUAUGGGAGGAUGUGUAUUAUAAUUUGCGAGGGGGGAAACGACUUGUGCUCAAAGCAUUAUUAGACUUGAAGGAGUUGUUUCGUUUCCAUGACAUUUACUAUGUUUAUGAUAAAAUAUGGUUAGAAGAUUUAUGUGCUUAUUUGAUAAGUGAUAAUGUUGCUGAAGCAACUAUUAGGAAUCUAGCACAUGAUGUGCAAAAAGAGAUGUCAGAGAUCAAAAAGGUGGAUAUCACAUUUGAAAAAGCUAAUUUAGACAGCACUGAAACUGUUGAUGAUAAUGAUAAUAACGAAGAAGCGAACGAAUUGAUUGCAUUAAGUUUGCCGGAAAUAGAGAUCAUGGCUGAGGAAAUGUUCCAAGAUGUUCAAUCACAACAGUAA